AUGGGUCAACGGCUUCGGAAGCGCAUUUCAAAUGGUUUACUCAGAACAACAGUUGUGUCUUCCAUCUGCUUUGGUCUGCUACCAUUUUACUACAAUAAGCAGCAACAACGCUUCGUCUCUUCAAAACCGUUAAUAAUUUAUAAUAUCUGCAUUAAUGUCACAUUUCUCAUCAUCAUAGCGUUUCUUUUGCCGAUAUUUUCCGAUUUCGAUGACGCUUUUGGAUCUGGCGAUCCACUCGCCGAACUACUAAAUCGCCUAACUGUAUACAUCGGUUUUGCUGGCAUCCUAACAACUUGGUGGAUUAAUUGGACCAGCCGUCAGCGACAGCAGCAGCUGUUCAAUGAGUUUGCUAAAAUCGAAAUCGAUUACUUAUAUCGAUAUAAACAUUUUACCGAUGAAUGUGCGACUUUCGAUUAUUGUGUGAUUUGGAAAGUUUUCGCGACCUUUCUACAAAACUUAUCGUUCUUCUACAGCACCGCGGCAGCUGAUAGCCCCGGCAGCUUAUUCAUUAUAUUCAUUUCUCUAAUGGCAUUGCUUACGAAUGUAAUUUUCCUCGUUUCAACACACUUCUUUCUGGCCGUAUUGUUUACUUAUCGUUUUAUUUGGGUCUUGAAUCGGCGUUUGGCAAGUACGGCCGACAACGAGGUGUCAUCACGUCAGCGUCGGCUUUUGAGCAGAGAAAUCGAUAACAUUGCUUACAUUUACACACGUUUUAUUCGGCUGUGUGAGCACUAUACACGCAUACAUCAAUACCAACUGGUGCUGUUAAUCGAUGACCAUUUACAAUAUCGAAGUGCUAUUCUACGUGCGUCUGCUUUGGAGCGGCAAACUGUUGUAAAUAUAUUGGACUUUUGGUUGACAAUAACAAUUGGUGAGCUGGCGUUGGUUACGUCGCAACAAACGCUGGAAAUACUACGUGGAUUCAAUGAGAAACCCAAGUAUCCGAUAGACUGGGAGCGAAAGCGUUUGGAAUGCUUUGCCUUAAUCUGCCGUAACACAAAGUUGCGAUUUGAUUUGUGCGGUUUAUGUGACAUCAAUCAUUCGAGCGGCCUCAAGGUGCUGCUGACAAUGAUAUUAUACCUUAUAUAUUUGGUACAAUAUUAUCAUGAAAAUCUAUAG